UCUCCCUCCCCCCCGUUCUGCAGCUACCAUUGUGAGGUGAGGACAGGUGGGCGGGGAUGGUCUGUGGUGAGGCCCUAGGAAUCGGCCAGGACACGAUACCGUCACCGAACCCCCUCAGAUGGAAGUGCAAAAGCCAUUGCUCAUACCACCCACCUUUUAUGUGGGAUAAGAUGAAGCUAGUAUUUCUACUCUGAGCUAAAGAAACCAACAUUUUGCUCCAAGAUUACAGUACCUUGUCUCAAAACACAGCAGACAGAUGAAUCUCCUUAGACAAGCUUAGUUUCAUCAUUAACGACCACAGAAUGGAGCCCCAUAGCAGAGAUGAGAUGGAUUUGAAAGAGGAAACUGCACAAGUGUGGUCUGAAUCAGUUGAGCAGGAGCAGAAUACGACUCAGGUCCACUUUGUCCCUGAAAAUGGAACAGUGGCUCAGAUUGUGUACAGUGAUGACCAAGAUCGUCCUUCCCAACAAGUGGUCUACACAGCUGAUGGUACAUCUUACACCUCUGUGGAUACUUCGGAGCAUACAUUAGUUUACAUCCAUCCCGUGGAAGCCACUCAGACUCUUUUUACAGACCCAUCCCAAGUGACAUAUGUCCAGCAAGAUGCAGAUACGCAGCAGGUGUCAAUACCAGUUCACAGCCAGGCUUUGCCUCCCAUGGAGGCUGUGGAUGAUCCUGGCCCUCUAGAAACUUUGCACAACCCAAUGAGUAGUAUGGAAGCAAAAGAGGAAAAUGAGGAGGAGGGGGAUGAGGAGGAAGAGGAAGAAGAGGAGGAGGAGGAGGAGGAGGAGGAAGAAGAGGAAGAAGAAGAAGAAGGGGAAGAUACAGACAUGGAGGAAUGGGACCCGGAUCCACCUCGUCCCUUUGACCCAAAUGACCUGUGGUGUGAGGAAUGCAAUAAUGCGCAUCCCUCGGUUUGUCCGAAACAUGGGCCCUUGCAUCCAAUCCCUAACCGACCAGUCCUGACAAGAGCCAGAGCUAGUCUACCCUUGGUGCUUUACAUUGACCGAUUCCUGGGAGGGGUGUUCUCCAAACGACGCAUUCCCAAGCGCACACAAUUUGGUCCUGUGGAAGGACCUCUGGUUAGGUUGUCAGAGCUUAAGGACUGCUAUAUUCAUCUAAAGGUGUCCCUUGACAAAGGUGACAGGAAAGACCGGGAUCUACAGGAGGACCUCUGGUUUGAGUUGUCCAGUGAAGCUCUUUGCAACUGGAUGAUGUUUGUGCGCCCUGCCCAGAAUCACUUAGAACAAAAUUUAGUAGCCUAUCAAUAUGGUCAUCAUAUUUACUACACUACAAUUAAAAAUGUUGAACCUAAACAAGAACUCAAGGUGUGGUAUGCUGCCUCCUAUGCAGAAUUUGUCAAUCAGAAAAUCCAUGAUGUAUCAGAGGAGGAGAGGAAAGUUCUCCGAGAACAAGAGAAAAACUGGCCAUGUUAUGAGUGCAAUCGACGGUUCAUGAGCUCAGAACAGCUCCAGCAACACCUCAACUCCCAUGAUGAAAAGCUGGACUUCUUCAGCAGAGCAAGAGGCAGAGGCCGCGGACGAGGGAAACGAAGGUUUGGACCAGGAAGGCGACCUGGCCGUCCUCCCAAGUUCAUGCGCUUGGAAGUAACCAAUGAAAAUGGGGGGAAGUGUGCAGAAGAGUCACAGGACUUGCUGCCUUUUGCCAGUAAGGGGCAGUUUGAUGAAGCUGGGCAAGCCACUCUAAAUGGACUAGACCAACCAGAACAGACCCCAGUGCCCCCAGAGACACCGUCCUCCUUAGAUCAGCUGCCAGAAAGCCACUCAUUGCAGCUUCAGCCACACGAACAGACGGUGGUGGCUACCCAAAGCCUGAUGACAGCAGAUGACAUGCGGCGAGCAAAGCGUAUCCGGAAUGCAGCUCUCCAGCACUUAUUCAUCCGAAAGUCAUUCCGUCCUUUCAAAUGCCUGCAUUGUGGAAAGGCAUUCCGUGACAAAGACAAAUUAGACCAGCAUUUAAGGUUCCAUGGACGGGAAGGAAAUUGUCCUUUGACCUGUGACAUCUGCAACAAGGGCUUUAUUAAUAGCAAUGCCCUGGAAAGUCAUAUGAAGUUUCACUUGGACCAGAAGACUUACUCUUGUAUUUUCUGCCCUGAGUCCUUUGACCGUUUAGACCUGCUGAAAGAUCAUGUGGCAAUCCACAUUAACGAUGGUUGUUUCACUUGUCCUACCUGUAAAAAACGCUUUCCGGAUUUUAUCCAGGUGAAAAAGCAUGUGCGCAGCUUCCAUUCAGAAAAGAUUUACCAGUGCACAGAAUGUGAUAAGGCUUUCUGUCGACCUGACAAGCUGCGACUUCACAUGUUGCGACACUCAGAUCGCAAGGACUUCCUAUGCUCUACCUGCGGCAAACAGUUUAAGAGAAAAGACAAGCUGCGAGAGCACAUGCAGAGAAUGCACAAUCCAGAGAGGGAAGCUAAGAAAGCUGACCGAAUUAGUCGCUCCAAAACAUUCAAGCCCCGGAUCGCCUCCACCGAUUACGAGAGCUUCAUGUUCAAGUGUCGCUUGUGCAUGAUGGGUUUCCGAAGACGAGGCAUGCUGGUGAAUCAUUUAUCAAAGAGACAUCCUGAGAUGAAAAUAGAAGAGGUGCCGGAGCUAACACUGCCUAUCAUCAAGCCUAACAGAGAUUAUUUUUGUCAGUACUGUGAUAAGGUUUAUAAGAGUGCCAGCAAACGGAAGGCCCACAUUUUGAAAAAUCACCCAGGUGCAGAACUUCCUCCCAGCAUCCGAAAGUUACGUCCAGCGGGCCCAGGAGAGCCAGAUCCAAUGCUGAGUACGCACACCCAGCUGACCGGAACAAUAGCCACGCCACCAGUUUGUUGUCCUCAUUGUUCCAAGCAGUACAGCAGUAAGACCAAGAUGGUGCAACAUAUUCGCAAGAAGCACCCAGAAUAUCCUCAGAUCCCAACAAACACAAUACACGUGCCACUGACAACAGCAGUGAUUAGUGCCACUCCUGCUGUUCUAACUGCCGACAGCACUUCGGGGGAGACCGUUGUGACAUCAGAUUUGCUGACUCAAGCAAUGACGGAACUGUCACAGACUCUGACCACUGACUACCGAACCCCCCAGGGUGAUUUUCCACGUAUUCAGUAUAUCCCUGUAUCACAAUCCACAGCUGGCUUGCAACAGCCCCAACAUAUACAGUUGCAGGUUGUGCAAGUGGCUCAGGCUACCUCACCUCAUCAGACCCAGCAUUCCACAGUGGAUGUUGGUCAGUUACAUGAUCCUCAGUCAUACACACAGCAUGCUAUCCAAGUGCAGCAUAUCCAGGUCACUGAACCAUCCUCUGCAGCCCCGUCAUCUUCACAGGUGGGUAGUCAGCCCUUAAGUCCUUCUUCCCAACCAUCUCAGCAGGAACUCAGCCCUUCCCAGAUACAAACAACUUCCUCAUCACAAAAUCCAUCGCAGCCAGGUUCUUCAGUCCAGCAAGCCUAUCUCCCCAACACAUGGAACUCCUUUCGCACCUAUCCCUCCGAGAUUCAGAUGAUGACUAUCCCCCAGGGCCAGUAUGUGAUUGCAGAGACAGCUGUAGGUCCUCCUGUCACAACAGUGACCACAGGGCAAGUCAAAGCAGUUGCCCAGACACAUUAUGUGAUCGCUGAAGGUCAGCCUGAGCUGGAUGUCAAGCCAAACCUGUCUCUUUCUAGCAGCGUGGAAGUAGAUUUAUCUCAGUCAUCUGCACAUUCCGACUCUUUGGAAUCGCAAACAGCCGGCGAGCAGCAAACAACACAGUACAUCAUUACGGCCACCAGCAACGCUAAUGGAGUCGGUGAUGUGCACAUUGAAAAGCCAUGAACUGGGUUUGCAGCAAAGAAUGACAUCCAGUGGGAUUAGUGACAUUUUAAGUCCUAAUCCCAAAUAUUCAAGAGCUCAAGAGCUCAUUUACAAAGUAUAUUUCUAUACCUUGAAGUUCUACAUUAUAUGCUAAGGCUUUGCAGAAUUUCAGGUCUAAAGGACACCUAAGCAAGACAUUCAGGAAUCUUUUCAGGAUGCCACCUUCUUCUGGAGCUGUUGAGCAAAAACCAGUAAAAGGAAAUGGAAACUAAGCCUCUUCUAGACAACCCCCCCCCAAUUCUUUUCCCCCCAAUUGUGGACAGAUUUGCAGCAAUGGAAGAAAGACUCGCUGAGCAAUUGCCAAUAACCAUUGGCCGAAUAUAUCUUAUGUACAUUUCAGUUGCUUACAUUUCUUUUGGCUUUCUUUUUUUUCUAAGUAGCCUGUGAAAGAAUAGAAUAUACCAGCUCGACAAGGAAAUAAGUAAGUUAGUAAGUAAGUAAGUAAAUAGAUAGAUUGCCUGGAACUAAGACUCAGUUAUAAGCCAUUAUUUCCCGCAGUUUGUAUGACAGAGAAGGCAGUGAAACUGUGAAGCUGUGCAGAAGCAAUUAAAUUAUUAAUUAGGUUAUUGGUAUUGUUUUAAUACCCUGUUUACAUGCCAUCUGCACUACCCACAUACUCAAUUCUAAGGAGUAUGAAGGAAGCCUUCUUGGAGCCCCCAUAUACCUAGUCAAAUCAGAGGAAUAUAAACACAGAGUUCGAGCCUUCAUGUCUUUGAUUGUGUUCUCUUUAUGUAAGGGGUAUCAUUCGUUUUCCCUGCAAAACCAAUAAAAAGGCUCAGAGAUGUUUUAA